AUGGCACCGCCCUCGGAGAAGAAGCAAAAGUCUUUGACGUCCUUCUUCACUCCCAAAACCGUGAAUGGGCUGGCUGCUGCCUUCCAGAAACAAUCACAGUCGCCAAUACAGUCUACAGCGACACAAGAAGAUGAGUCCCUACGCAAACGACAGCGCGAGAAACCGAGCGAUGAACCAGACGACCGAAAUACAAACGGCGCCAAGAAGACGAAGAUUGAAAACAAGCCCCAACCAGAUGUCGACCUGACCUCAUCCGCCAGAGCAGACCGAUUCCUUCAUACCGAGUACCCGAAUGGAUCAGCGGAACACAACAGCAAAGGCGACGACAAUGCUGAUGUUGAUGCCGAAACUAGACGCAUCAACCAGGAACUACAUAGAAAAUUUGUGAAAAAGCUUGGCCACCCGGAUGCGAUGGCAGGGCGCUGGGGCGGCGGCAAGUCUGAGCCAGCUGGGGAUGAUGACAACGCCGAAGGUGAAGAUGACGAUGACGAACCGCCGCCGCCGUCAAAGACAAAGAAAAAGGGCUCCAAGACGGGAAAGCUCACUCCGAUGGAGAUUCAGUUUCUUGACAUCAAGCGCAAACACAUGGAUACGCUCCUAAUCAUGGAGGUCGGCUAUAAGUUCAGAUUCUUCGGCGAGGACGCCCGAAUAGCGGCGAAAGAACUCAGCAUAGUCUGUAUACCAGGGAAGAUGCGGUACGAUGAACAUCCUUCAGAAGCACAUCUAGAUCGGUUUGCAUCUGCUAGUAUCCCAGUCCAUCGUCUGCCUGUCCACGCGAAGAGGCUGGUUGGUGCUGGUCACAAGGUCGGCGUCGUGCGACAGAUCGAAACUGCGGCUCUGAAAAAGGUCGGCGACAACCGCAACGCCCCCUUCACUCGGAAGCUCACCAACCUCUACACCAAAGGGACGUACGUGGACGAGGUCGGAGAACUUGACCACCAACCAGAAAGCGGAGCUCCAUCCGGGGGCUACUUGCUUUGUCUGACUGAGACGAAAGCGAAAGGUUGGGGUACCGACGAAAGGGUCGACGUCGGAAUCAUCGCAGUGCAGCCUGCGACUGGCGAUAUCAUCUACGACAACUUUGAAGAUGGUUUCAUGCGGAGCGAGAUUGAGACCCGCCUGCUGCAUAUCUCUCCUUGUGAAUUCCUCAUUGUGGGCGAGUUGACAAAGGGGACAGAGAAGCUUGUUCAACAUCUGUCGGGCACCAGUACCAAUGUCUUUGGCGAUAGGAGCCGGAUGGAGCGCGUGCCCCGGAGCAAGACCAUGGCUGCCGAGUCCUACUCACACGUCGCUCAAUUCUACGCCCACAAAGUCCAGCAAGCUUCGCGAGACGACAAGGCCAGUGCGCUGUUGGAUAAGGUCCUCAAACUCCCCGAGCCAGUCACAAUCUGCCUUUCCGCCAUGAUCAAUCACCUCAAGGAGUACGGAUUACAGCACAUCUUCGAUCUGACAAAGUACUUUCAGAGUUUCACCACACGCUCACACAUGCUUCUCAACGGUACAACACUUGAAAGCCUCGAAGUGUACCGCAACUCUACAGACCACGUUGAGAAGGGCAGCCUCUUCUGGGCGCUCGACAAGACUCACACCAAAUUCGGCCGCCGACUCCUCCGCAAAUGGGUCGGGCGCCCCUUGCUUCAUAUCGAGCAGCUGCAGGCCAGGCUGCAAGCUGUUGAAGAAAUGCUUUCCAAGCAGUCCACUGCCCCCGUCGAGCAGCUCGAGAAACUGCUGGUGCACACCAGGGGCGACCUCGAGCGCAGUCUCAUCCGCAUCUACUACGGCAAAUGUACCCGGCCAGAGCUCGUAUCCGUUCUUCAGACGCUGCAACGCAUCGGGACGCAGUACGCCAGGAUGGAUACAGCUGCCGACACACCGUUUGAUUCGUCCCUGAUCAACGACGCCAUCUGCGCCAUACCUCGCAUCCUCCCGUCUGUCACUUCGCAUCUGGAAAAGAUCAAUUAUCGUGCGGCCCAGGAGGAUGACCGCUACGGAUUCUUCCGCGAGGAGCACCAAAACGAGGACAUUCAAGACCACCAGAUGAACAUUGCCCAUGUGGAGUACGAGCUGGACCAACAUCGAGUUGUCGCAGCUGAAAAGAUCAAGAAGAAGAGUGUGGAAUACGUGACAGUCGCCGGCAUUGAGUACUUGAUUGAGAUAUCGAAUACCGACAUUAAGCAUGUCCCUGCCUCGUGGGCCAAAGUCUCAGGGACCAAGAAGGUGUCACGCUUCCAUACCCCUGAAGUUAUCCGCUUCACCAUCGAGCGGGACCAGCAUCGCGAGUCUCUGGCAGCCGCUUGUGACAAAGCAUUCAAAGAUCUACUCGCUGCCAUAUCCUCCGACUACCAGCCGCUCCGUGAUGCCGUCUCCGCUCUUGCAUCUCUCGACUGUCUCCUUUCGCUAGCCAAGGUGGCCGCCCAGCAAGGCUAUUCAAAACCGACCUUCUUACAAGACGACACGGAGCCUACAAUAUCGAUACAAAACGGCCGCCACCCCAUUGCCGAACACACUCUUGAGUCGGGCUACAUACCAUUCACAACAACCCUCGCGCACCCAGCUCCCUUGGCCCACCUUAUCACGGGCCCCAACAUGGGCGGCAAAUCCUCCUUUGUCCGGGCGACGGCCCUCCUGGUACUUCUCGCGCAAAUAGGAUCCUUUGUACCGGCGGAUGCCAUUCAACUCACUCUUUGCGACGCGAUACACACAAGGGCCGGUGCGCGCGACAACCUCUUCGCGGGCGAGUCGACAUUCAUGGUUGAAGUGUCGGAAACCGCACGCAUCCUUCGGUCCGCCACACCUCGCUCUCUCGUCAUCCUCGACGAGCUAGGUCGCGGCACCAGCACGCACGACGGCGCGGCCAUUGCGCAGGCCGUCCUGCAGCACGUCGUCACUGAGAUCAAGUGCCUCACCUUGUUCAUCACGCACUACCAGAACCUCGCGCGCGUCGCCGAAGGCCUAGACGCAGUCAAGAACGUGCACAUGAGGUUCACAGCGGAGAAAGGCGACGACGGAGAUGAGGAGAUCACAUUCUUGUAUGAAGUAGCAGAGGGUGUUGCGCACCGCUCUUAUGGUCUCAAUGUUGCCCGACUCGCUCGUCUGCCAAGGAAGGUCUUGGAUCUGGCAGCCGAGAAGUCUUCCGAAAUGGAACAUGGCAUGAGGACCAGAAGGUUGGGCGGAGCUGCUCGAAUGCUGACACAAGCUGUCUCGAGCAAUGGAACGGCUGACCACCUGGACCAGCUUAUCGCCAGCGUUGAGCAGCUAUGA